GAAAACAGAGACAAGUCCUUCCCACGUCGAUCAAUAGCACAUUUGCAUUUUCUCAAAAUAGGAUAGCAAGUGUUUGACGCGCAUUAAGGAUAACGCGCAGAAACAGGCGGUUGAUGCGGGACAAUAAUACCGGUGCACCGUGGCAUUGGAUUUCCCGUCAAUAGCAUUACUACCACAACUUGAAAAUGACGUCUUGUGAGCUUUUUUUUUUUAAUUUUACAUCGUUCUUCUUCUUUUUCCACAAUACACGCGUAAAUCGCAAUUAUGGCCUUUUUGCAACAAUGAUACGGUCGAUGAUGACAAUGGAAAAAAAAGUCGGAUUUUGCACAUCAAGCGAACUUGAAUCUUUGAAGUGACCUCCAACAUUUGCUGGAAGCUAUCAACGAGCUUACUAUUUGGCUCAUCGCUCAGUCAACGUUUGGUGUUUGGUGGAUUGAAACGCAAACUGUUGAGUGAGAAAUUUUAAAAAAGGAAACUAUAAUCGUCAUACUAAAACAUACGUGAUCAUAUCACUUUAUGAGUGGCAUUGGAAAAUAUUAUUUUUAUACUACUUUCCGUCCAUUCUGUGUGAGCUGAAUGGUACUAAAAGCGUUUUAGGCGAUGUCGUAUGCAUAGUUGCGCAGGUUUUCGGUUGCAACAUUUUAACGUCACUCGAAAACAAAAUUAAUUGUCAAAAACCAUGAAAGCUGUCGAAAAAAUGGAUCUUAAAGACAGGAACUUUAAGAAGAUUGGACUGAUUUGUGUAUUCGUCCUCGUGUGCGGUAUGGUGUUUAGCUACGGAAUAUUUCCAGCAAUUUUGCGCUUCAUGAUCAAACAGAACGUCUUGCUGAAACCGGGCACACAGAUACGGGACAUGUUUGAAAAGAUUCCAUUCCCGCUGGAUUUUAAGCUGCACAUCUUCAACGUGACGAAUCCGGAUGAUAUAAUGCGCGGAGGUAAACCGCGCGUCAAGGAUAUUGGACCACUUUAUUUUGAGGAAUGGAAAGAAAAGUACGACACCGUAGAUAACGUUGAGGAGGAUACACUAACGUUUACGCUACGCAACACAUGGAUUUUCCGGCCCGAUCUAUCCGCACUGACCGGGGAGGAAAUCGUCACCGUACCACAUCCGUUAAUUAUGGGCGUUUUGCUAACAGUGCAGCGUGAUCGUGAAGCAAUGAUGCCGCUGGUAAAGAAAGGCAUCAACAUUUUAUUCAACCCGCUAGAGUCCGCUUUCCUGAAGGUACGCAUCAUGGAUCUGCUGUUCGAUGGCAUUUAUAUCGAUUGCAGUAGUCAAGACUUUGCCGCCAAAGCGCUCUGCUCCGGUAUGGAUUCCGAAGGUGCUGUAAGCCCGUAUAAUGAAACGCACUACAAGUUUUCGUUCUUUGGAAUGCGCAAUCAUACCGAGGCUGGCCGGUGGGUUGUGUACCGGGGUGUGAAGAAUAUACGCGACCUUGGACGAGUGGUUUCGUACAACGACGAAACGGAGAUGGAUAUCUGGGAUGGUGACGAAUGUAACCAGUACGAGGGUACCGAUUCGACCAUUUUCCCCCCAUUUCUAACCAAGCAGGAUCGGUUGUGGGCAUGGUCGCCGGAAAUUUGUCGCUCCCUUGGUGCACACUACGUGCACAAAUCGAAAUACGCCGGUUUACCGAUGAGCUAUUUCGAGUUGGACUUUGGCGAUCUAAAGAACGAACCUCACAAUCAUUGCUUCUGUCGGGAUCCGCCGGAUGAUUGUCCGCCGAAGGGCACGAUGGAUCUAGCUCCGUGUCUGGGUGGUCCUAUUAUAGGCUCGAAGCCUCACUUCUACGAUGCCGAUCCGAAGCUCAUUGAAGCGGUGGAUGGACUGGAACCGAAUAAGGAAGCUCACGAUGUUUACAUUCACUUUGAGCUGUUUACCGGAAGCCCGGUUUCGGCCGCUAAACGUCUACAGUUUAGCAUGGAGCUAGGACCGAUUAACGACCACGAGGUAUUUGGUCAGCUGCCGCAGGUAAUUUUACCAAUGUUUUGGGCGGAAGAAGGAGCUUCACUCAACAAAACAUGGACCAAUCAGCUUAAGUAUCAACUGUUUCUUGGUCUCAAAUUUAAUGCAACCGUUAAAUGGUUAACUAUCAUCAUCGGUACGGCCGGUGCCAUCGGUUCGGCGUACAUGCAUUUUCGUAAGGAUAACAAAACGACUGAUGUGGCACCGGUUGAUGCAUCCACGCCCGAAACUAAUACGCCGUCUGGUAAGGAGAGCGUUGUGAAUGUAUCGCUUGGGAAAAACCUGCCACCGGUAAUCGAUGGGUUGGAUAAACCGCCGAAAAUGUUGGCAUCAGAGCUGCGACAGGAGCGAUACUAAAGUAUGGCGCAUUGCAGCACUAGUGUAUUACUGUUCACUUGUUUGCGGUAGUUAGAUGUUAGUAGUUGGCACGCAUUAUUGACAAGAAUGUUGAAAAAGAAAUUUAAAUCAAUUCUUAUUCACAAUGCAUCGAGAGGAAUAACGUUUUCAGUAUACGUACUACAAUAACAUCAACGUAGAAAAAAUGGAAUAUUUUCUCGCAUAUCAAUAUGUGAUAUUUAGGCAUGACACCCAAACGCAUUGUUUUGUAUC